AUGUCCGAAUAUCAGCCAAGUUUAUUCGCUUUGAAUCCAGUGAGUUUCUCACCAUUGGGGGGGUCUAAACCCACCAACGAAAAUACUUCUACUUCCACUUCUACCGCCAGACCUGUUGUUGGGCAGUUGAUUUUUGAUAAAUUUAUCAAGACAGAAGAAGAUCCAAUAAUUAAGCAGGAUACUUCUUCCAAUCUUGAUUUUGAUUUUGCGUUGCCACAUACUGCAACUGUUUCUGACACUAAGGCCGCUCUACCAAUUCCAGAGUUGGAUGCCGCUGUGGUAGAAUCUUUCUUUUCAUCAAGCACCGAUUCAACUCCAAUGUUUGAGUAUGAAAACCUAGAAGACAACUCUAAAGAAUGGACUUCUUUGUUCGACAAUGAUAUUCCCGUUACCACUGACGAUGUUUCAUUAGCUGACAAGGCAAUUGAAUCCACCGAAGAAGUCUCUUUGGCACCUUCUAAUUUAGAGGUAUCGACAACUUCUUUUUUGCCUACUCCUGUAUUAGAGGAUGCAAAAUUGAGCCAGGUAAAGAAGGUUAAGAAACUGAAUUCAGUCGUUAAGAAAUCUCAUCAUGAUAUGAAGGAUGACAAAUCGAGACUAGAUCAUUUGGGUGUCGUAGCUUAUAACCGUAAGCAACGUUCAAUUCCACUUUCUCCGAUUGUGCCUGAAUCUAGCGACCCUGCUGCUCUGAAACGUGCUAGAAACACUGAAGCUGCAAGACGUUCUCGUGCAAGAAAGUUGCAAAGAAUGAAGCAACUUGAAGACAAGGUUGAAGAAUUACUUUCGAAAAACUACCACUUGGAAAAUGAAGUUGCCAGAUUGAAGAAAUUAGUUGGCGAAAGCUGA